AAGCUCUGCUAUUUCAGCUCCUCCUCCGAGCCCUGUCAUGGCGGCGUCCAGUGUGCAAGCUGAGGUGAGGAAACGCGAUGCUGGGCUUUUUGUCCGCGCGACAAGCGGGUUUGGAAGACCCUAUGCGCUUCCAGAGAACGGAGUCCACACGGAGGGUUUUGGGACUGGAGUUAAACAAAGACAGAGAUAUUGAAAGAAUCCAUGGAAGUGGAGUUAACACCCUUGACAUUGAACCUGUUGAAGGGAGAUACAUGUUAUCAGGUGGUUCAGAUGGUGUGAUUGUACUUUAUGACCUUGAGAACUCCAGCAGACAACUUUAUUACACAUGUAAAGCAGUAUGUUCCAUCGGCAGAAAUCAUCCUGAUGUUCACAAGUACAGUGUGGAGACUGUUCAGUGGUAUCCUCAUGACACUGGAAUGUUCACAUCGAGCUCAUUUGAUAAAACUCUGAAAGUAUGGGACACAAAUACAUUACAAACUGCAGAUGUAUUUAAUUUUGAAGAAACAGUUUAUAGUCAUCAUAUGUCUCCAGUUGCGACCAAGCACUGUUUGGUAGCAGUUGGUACUAGAGGACCCAAAGUAAAACUUUGUGACUUAAAGUCUGGAUCCUGUUCUCAUAUUCUACAGGGUCACAGACAGGAAAUCUUGGCAGUUUCCUGGUCACCACGUUAUGAGUAUAUCUUGGCUACUGCAAGUGCUGACAGUAGAGUAAAACUAUGGGAUGUGAGGAGAGCUUCAGGAUGUUUGAUUAAUCUUGAUCAGCAUAAUGGGAAAAAGUCACAAGCUGCUGAAUCAGCAAACACUGCUCAUAACGGGAAAGUUAAUGGCUUAUGUUUUACAAGUGAUGGGCUUCACCUCCUCACUGUUGGUACAGAUAAUCGAAUGAGGCUCUGGAAUAGUUCCAAUGGAGAAAACACACUAGUGAAUUAUGGAAAAGUUUGUAAUGAUAGCAGAAAAGGAUUGAAAUUCACUGUCUCCUGCGGCUGCAGUUCAGAAUUUGUUUUUGUGCCAUAUGGUAGCACCAUUGCUGUUUAUACAGUUUACUCAGGAGAACAGAUAACUAUGCUUAAGGGACAUUAUAAAAAUGUUGACUGCUGUGUAUUUCAAUCUAAUUUCCAGGAACUUUAUAGUGGUAGCAGAGACUGCAAUAUUCUUGCUUGGGUACCAUCCUUAUAUGAACCAGUUCCCGAUGAUGAUGAGACUACAACCAAAUCACAGUUAAAUCCAGCUUUUGAAGAUGCCUGGAGCAGCAGUGAUGAGGAAGGAUGAAUAUCAACCUUUUUGUCUCUACUGAUGAAACUUUUAAAACACCACUGUUUGUGUGAGAUUUUUUAAACUGUUCAGUUACUGACAAUUAAAUUAGCUUCAAAUUUG